GUUUCGUAGCCGUUCGUAACAGCCAUGCGGCGGCGGGGUAACUCAGUUUUAGCUGGGUGCAACCCGCCCGCGUGGUGGCUUAGCGCGAAGAUGGGACGCCGCACUGCCGUUCCCUCACUCUCGUGACAGCUUGCGCCGCUAAUGCACUUCUCUCUUCCCGCGACUGCGUUGCAAUCUAUCGAUAGCGAUUGAGGUUGAACUUUGCUGGACAGUUUGCGACGCCAUCCAAAUACGAGAAGACGCUAUGGACCAUGUCACUGCAUCCCUCGAACUCCUUCAUCUCAUCUGCGCAACUUUGAUCUUCAUCCGCGACGUCACAAGAGACACAGGCGGCGUUACGAAUACGACAAACUUCUUGAACGAGACGCUCGUGUUCUUGGACGUGUUUUCGAAUGUCUGCUUCAGCGACUUGACCGGAGUCCUACGCGACAGCCGUGUGCAUCAUACCCUGACAAGUGAUGUAGAGUACUCUCUUUAUUCGCUCAACAAGUCGUUAGCCGCGCACCGGGAAGCGUGGAGGUACAUCGGCAAGAGUCCUAUUCCUGGUGCGGGCCAAAGAAGCAUUGAAGAUCUGAAGCGUGGUCGCGCCGCGUCACUAGAUGUACAGAAUGAAAAGAAGAGCUGGAGAGACGAGAUGAAAGAACGAUCGCAACUCUGGCGAGAGAAGGCCCGGCCGGGACUAUACAAGGCCUUAUUUGGAAAAGAGGAGAUGGUCACGCUUACCCUGAACUGCCUGCAAUGGACGCAUCGGCUUCGGCAAACUUUGGAAAUUGUCUUCCUUGGCACCGGACCUCCGGACACAGGAUUCGGUAAUUCCAGGCAGGCUGUUAUUCUUGGUGUGGCAGAGCAACUGGAACGCCAGCAUCGAGCUGGUGCAGAGCCUUCGGGCGAUUAUAACGCGCUCGUCGGCGCGCUCAGAGAAACGAUCAGCACUGGAGAGCCAUUGCACGGCCUUGUCAAGACGAUAUACGAUGAUGGCGGAGAUGAGGUCGACGUUCUUGUUGAGACGCGAUCAGACGACGAGACGCCUGCUGAGUACAUGUGUCACUUGACGUGGUUACUACAGGCCCCUCAUCAGACCGACGUAUCCGUCAAGAGCGAUGCUCAGGACGGCUACCAGCUGCAUACAUUGAGCUGUAUGGGUUUUAUCGAUGAUCCACUCAACAAACGGAGCUUGAUCGUCUACCGCGCGCCGCAAAGCCAUCCUUGGGCAUCAAACCCACCGUCUUUGUAUGACCUGAUCUCGAAGGGCCCGACCGCGAGACCAUCCAUUGGAAGUCGCUUCCUCAUCGCAAGAGCGCUGACGAGCACACUGCUCGAGUCGCACGCGUCCGGUUGGGUCCAUGGGAAUGUACAGUCGCGCAGUAUAGCAAUGCUGCCAAGAUCAUUCAACGAUCUUGAAUUAUCUCCCUUCUUCGUUGGCUGGGGUGUCCUGCAACCGCUCGAGGCUACGCACUUCCCGUUAGAGCCGAAUCUGUAUCGCCAUCACGAUCGUUUUGGCCGGCCAUCUUCUGAGUAUUCCAACGAGCAUGAGAUCUAUUCACUGGGUGUAGUUCUGCUAGAGCUUGGGCUUUGGCGGACGAUGGCGAAAGUGUUCGCCCGCCGCAUAGAAAAGUUUCCCAUCUUUGGCAUAGUACAGCAACAGGAUCUCUUCAACCGUGUACACAAUGCGACACUGGAUUGGGCCAAUAGUACGGAGAUCGAGAGAGAGAUGGGGAAAUCAUAUGCACAAGUCGUGUUGAAGUGUCUUACUUGGCACUACGAGGAUCCAGUCGAAGGCAUGAUUGAGUUCCGAAAACAGGUCGUCGACGUGUUGACUACCGGAUGCGGGCUUUAGUCGAUGCAUUGCUUAUAGACAGCGUGUUUCAGUCUAAUUGCGGUAAAUACCAAUUUCGAGAACAAUCAGAGACCAGCGACUAAGGAUAAGGAGUGGUCGCGCGAAUGAAGCAAUGUCGACAGUGGAAAAAGUCCCACGCCAAACAUCAAAUACAAGCACAUACAAACAGCAACGAGUAUGUCGAUACACAAACCUUCUUGGCGGGAAAAGCUAUGUUUCGAUCAAUAUAUGUUGGCUCUACUACCUCACAUCAGCCGUUGGUUCGGCCCAUUCUUUUCGUCAUUAUAUACAAUAUAACAGUAUACG